CAGAUUUUUGACAGGACAUCAACAAUCAGUCCCUUACAACCAAACGCCAUGUGAAAGCCUGACGGACAGACAGAAGAACCAAUCAAAAUCAGCGUUUUUAAUUUUGUUCUGCCAGACCACGUGACGCUGAACGGGUUUGCUGCUGUCACAGAUUGUAAAGUGAAGAGCCGCGAGACGGAGCCGUCUGGAGCGCGCGCAGCAGAAAGAUGGAGCUGACGGCGAUAGGAGACCAGGUUUUCGCCGCGGAAGCCAUCCUCAAGAGCCGCGUUAGAAAGGGUCAUAUCGAGUAUAUGGUUAAGUGGAAAGGCUGGGCACUGAAACACAGCACGUGGGAACCAGAGGCGAACAUUCUUGAUGAUCGACUCAUCGCAGCCUUCGAGCAGAAGGAACGGGAGCAAGAACUUUACGGCCCAAAGAAACGUGGACCUAAACCAAAAAACUUUGUAAUGAAGGCACGAGCACAAGCGGGUGAAACACCUCGAAGCUCGAAACCCCGGCGUGCUCCACCUUGCACUACUGCGAGACCAGCCCGUGCUACCAGUGCACCUCCUUCAUCUUCUGCGAGUUCAGUGGCUCCUCAGCCUUCAUCGUCUUCAUCCUACUCUACGGCUCCAACCCCCAGGGUUCACUCCUUAGCUGCUGCUCACAAACUGAAGAAGGACAUCCACCGGUGCCACAGGAUGUCUCGUCGACCUUUGCCGCGACCUGACCCCAUGGCCAACCCCUUCGCAUCCCGUCCUCCCAUCUCGCCUUUCUCCGAAACGGUCCGCAUCCUCAACCGCAGGGUCAAACCACGGGAGGUCAAGCGAGGUCGAAUAAUCUUGAACCUGAAGGUCAUCGACAAAUCGGAAAGCUGUAGGAGGACGCCGCAGAUGUAUGGAGGACGGGCGAAAAUCCCAUCCCGGAAUCGAAUAAUAGGGAAAAAGCAAGGGGAAUUGCCCUACAGGCCAUUCCAGCAUCCUAUGAAAAUGUUGGGCUUCCCUAUGUAUGGACAACCUUUUGGGCUUCAUCCCGGUGGGUCAUUAUCUUCCACGACCAAUGAAGGGUCGGACGCCAGAACCAAUCGGACAGGCGGCAGCCAGUCGACUCAGAAGUUUGAAAACCAGUCUCCACCUACUCCGUCCAGCUCCAGCAGAUGUAACGGCAGCUCUCCUUCACUUUCUCACAAACAGCCUCAACCCGAAACGUCUUCUUCGACUAAAGCGAGCUCCCAAGCCUAUGCUUCAUCGUCUCCACCUUCCGAGGACGAAGGCCAGGGCUCUCCGAAUCCGCCCACGUCUCGAGGUGGAAAGCAAAGCCUUCGUCGACGCCCCCAAGCUGCUCGGGCUUCUACUGCUCAGUGAUCCCGUCUUUCCACAGCCUAGCCUUUUGCCCAAUUGAACCUUCUCUUGUCACCUGCAGUCCUGUAGAGACCUACAUAUCCAUAUCUCCAGCACCCACGAAAUGUUCCUUCACAUCAACCAGCUUUCAGACAAACUUUUCUCGACCCAAGUAACACCAGGGAACCAACUACACAAGACGGUUUCAAAGUCUCGUUAUAUCAUGCACACCCAAGAUGCUUUUUCAAGAUCCAGCCAGUUUUAGUUGAAGAUUGUGUUUUAAUUGCACAGGUACUUGUAAAUUGACCCUCUUUAUGGCAGUAUAUGCCUUGUAAGGCCACGGCAUCCAAAUCUUCAAAUGUAAGCCAUCAGGUGUAGAGGUGACUCUGUAAGCACGCACAAAGCUGCAAAAUCCAGACAACGGUUAUGUUGCUUUCUUUUGCUUUGAUCCAGAUGUCCACCAAGACUCUAAACUGACGUUUUUCCAAGCGUGAAUAUUAAGGACUGCAUCCUGAAUGUGUUACUGUAUGUCAAACCUUCCACAUACUUGACCACCCAUUUCCCUUCUUUGAGAAGUAUCUUCUCCCCUUUGCCUUUUGACUACAAUAGUUACUACCAUACUCACGUAGUAUCUGUAUCUUUGGGACUGGUUACCAGCAGAAAUCUCUACAUAACUGUAUUGAGGAGUUCAACACCCUUUUAGAGACUUACACGAGUCUUCUAUGAAUCUACCAAAUGUAACAAAUUGCCUUGGUUGAUGAAACCCAUUCACACACUGUUAGAUUUACAGUCUGGGACCAUGUCUAUUGUGUGUGAUGCAUGUAGGUGGUACAUUAACUUUGUCCUGUAAUCCGUGCACGCGUGUGACUGGGUGCUAGCAUUAAGAAAACAGACCUGGGAUAAAUCUAGAUUUUUUUUCUUAUGUUAAUGCUCUUUGAAGAUACCCUCAAGACCAAGAAGGUUUGAUGUGACUGUUCUUGAGCUUAGUUUGCUAGUUGUAUAAGAGCCAUACAAAUCCAUUUACAACUAAGUGUUGGUUAACUUGCCAUGUUGGUAUGUCACAUGACAUACUGAAGAAUAGUUCAAAGAGAAAUUGUAUUGUCAUCUAGUGAACCUGCAUAGGUAAUUUGCAAACUCUCUUGUUUUACAUAAUGUGGCUGUUACGUCUGGCAAAAAUGUGAAAAUCUGCAUCAAAAUAGCCAGUACAAUUCGUUCAAUAUAACUUUUGUAAAACCUUACGUUAGAUUUGUGUGCAAAUUUGUUGUAACUCCACGAAAUUAAAAAUGUGAGAACUAAUGACGUGAGGUCUCGAUGUGCCAUACUGUAUUUAACUGUGCAAACAAGAUUUACAAUGAGGGCUGUUUGUCAUUUUUCUAGCUUGACUUCAUUAUCUAACAGCACUUCAAACAUUAUGUCCUUUGCUUUAAAGGUAUAGUGCAUGUUUACUCCAGUUUAGUGAUAUCUAGUGGUGAGCUUGAGAAUUGCAACCAACGGCUCACUCCACCCUUUUUCCACCCUUUUGAAGCAUUACGGUGGCUGACACAGAAUUAAGACCGCGAAUUUGUGACAGAAGUCGUCAACUUUACAAUAAUGUAUUUACGAAACACGUUCUGUAGAGCAAUUUGUCCGUUUAGGGCUACUGUAGAAACAACAUGGAGUUUAUGGCAGCUUGGUUGUACUAUAAGAUGAUAAAAUGUCAGACUCCACUGGAGGAGGCAAACCUCAUUAUAAGAUUUAAUAAUAGAACACAAUUAAGUUUUACGUCAUGGAAGUAUCCUGUAAUGGAGUACACUUGCUCUUUAUCGUUGUGCUUUUAGGAAGAAAUAAACCUGAGCUGUAGAAACAUUGUGAAAAAUACUUAAACAUAUUGUUAUGAUUUUUUCCUAUAUGUGUAUAAAACGGUUUCCUGUUCAUUUGUAUCUAGUAAAUGAGUUGACCCCCGUGAAAGCUGAAACAGCCUGGAAUUUGAGCUUAAAACUCAAUUUAUGGUACAGUUACUUGACUUCUGGUCGUGUAAACUGUCUGUAAACUUUUGUGUGAAAUAUUUUUUUUUCCAAAUCUGUUUAUCCCAGGUCUUAAAUCAUUCAAAGUCGUUCAUAGACACUUCUCUGAGGCUGCCUCACGUGUAGUGCAUCUGUACAAAAAUAUCAAAUGUGGAAGCAUGCAUUGCCUUUACUCCGUUUGACACCAUGACAUUGUUUCCUUCGCCUACAAAGUGUUCCACGUACAAACAGUCCGAGUAUUUGUUUACCUUGAUAUCCUAAAUGGUAGAAAAUAGAUGUCUCUAUGGUGUGAACCAGCGCAAGAUGGUUUCUCAUAAAUAGGUAGCUUAGCACUAUAAUAAUAUGUGGCCUACAUUUCAUGCAAUAGGGCUUGUAUUUUAAGGGAUGUAGGGGCCCAUCAUGGCACAGAGAUGAAGAGAUUAUGUUUAAAAAUUGUAAUGAUGAAGGUUGUAUCCUCAAAUAGCAGAACUGAUCUAUUAUUGUUAUUUUUAUUCUUGUACUGUAGAAGUGAAUGAUUCGUGCUGCCUUUGUUUCAUAGCCAUUGUUGAGUUUUACUAGUCUAAUUUUGGGAAUGUAUAACCCCCAAACUUUGUGAUUUACGAGUCAUUUAUUUGGUCAAAUGUAUGGUUAAUGCCAUUAUUGAUGCUGAUUGUGAUAAUGAUCUUGUCGCUAUGACGUUGUAAUGUAAUGGAUGCAUGAUUUGUAAACCCUAAUUGUACAGAUCAUUUAAAUACAGUUGUUGUUGCUUUAUGUGUUUCUUGAAAACGGAUUUUAUUAAAAUCAAUUUAAAGACA